GGUCACGGUCGUCCUGGGGAGAUUCACGCGGUUCCUGCGGGAGAAGUCUGGUCAGAACGUCGUCCGUCUGUAGUUCUGUUGGUUCAGCAGGACAUGAGAUCAGAAUCCAAACAAGCGAUUCUACGUUGAAGGUUUUUAAUCUAAACGUGCAGAAAAAGUCGUUUUUCUAAAGUUAGUUCGCGUUUCUCUUCACGUGUUUUUGAUGCUUUAAGACCUCGCGCCUCUUGCGGGUUUUCCUGACAGAUGCGGAAGGACCGAACUCCGCACUACAUUACCCACAACCCACCGCGCAGAAUCAUGUUGUAGGAAAUCCGCUUGAGGCGGAUUAUUGUAAUCCGACAGCGGGUCUGAACGGCACAUCGGAUCACCAUUAGCGGCAGACAGGAAUCCGAAGGCAGCGGCCCGAAACAGAUGCGCGCGCGGCGCCCGCUCUUAACGGGAUCACGGCGGGCUGUGAUCUGAGGCGCGGCGCGCGUGCUGGAGCCUGACGUGCCCGCUCUCCGGGCCGCUUCCUCAGAACCAGCCCGCUCUCAGCCACAGCGGCUCGGCGUCCCCGCCCCGCGCAGCCCGGCGCCGCUCCCCGCUCCCCCCGCUGGGUAGAGACGCCCGCGCGCUCCCGGUCCCGGUCCGGGUUCGAGUCCGGCUCCGCCUGGAAGCCGAGCCCGGGCGUGUUCCGCGCCGCCGCGAGCCGCGCCGUCAGCUAGCGCCGCGCGGCUAGUUAGCCUGCUAGCUAGUUGGAAAUUUCGAGUUUGCUUCGGGAUCCGGUUCCAGUUCGGGCCGCAGUUCGUGAGGCGGGAAGAUGUCGACUAAGGACCAGGGCCGCCUGUCCACCGUGGAAAGACCCAUCAAAGCGGUGCCGUACCCCCCCGGGACCCGCCUGUCCGUCAAAGACCUGUACGUGGACGGGAGGCCCAGCCUGGAGCUGCUGAAGGCUCACCUGGUGAAGGAGGGGCGCCUGGAGGAGGAGACGGCGCUGAGGAUCAUCAACGAGGGGGCGGCCGUCCUGCGGCAGGAGAAGUGCAUGCUGGAGGUGGAGGCCCCCAUCACAGUGUGUGGAGACGUUCACGGACAGUUCUUCGACCUGAUGAAACUGUUUGAGGUGGGGGGCUCCCCCAGCAACACCCGCUACCUGUUCCUGGGAGACUACGUGGAUCGAGGAUACUUCAGCAUCGAGUGCGUCCUGUACCUGUGGGCUCUGAAGAUCAACUACCCCGACACGCUCUUCCUCCUCAGAGGGAACCACGAGUGCCGGCACCUGACGGAGUACUUCACCUUCAAGCAGGAGUGUAAAAUCAAGUACUCGGAGCAGGUGUAUGACGCCUGCAUGGAGGCCUUCGACUGCCUGCCGCUCGCCGCGCUGCUCAACCAGCAGUUCCUCUGCGUUCACGGAGGCCUGAGCCCGGAAAUCACCUGCCUGGACGACAUCCGGAAGCUGGACCGGUUCAAAGAGCCGCCGGCGUUCGGGCCCAUGUGCGACCUGCUGUGGUCGGACCCCGGAGAGGACUACGGCUCGGAGAAGACCCAGGAGCACUUCUGCCACAACAGCGUCCGCGGAUGCUCCUACUUCUACAGUUACCCGGCCGUCUGUGACUUCCUGAUGAACAACAACCUGCUGUCUGUAAUCCGAGCGCACGAAGCCCAGGACGCAGGGUAUCGAAUGUACAGAAAAAGCCAGACGACGGGCUUCCCGUCUCUGAUCACCAUCUUCUCUGCUCCCAACUACCUGGACGUGUACAACAACAAAGCCGCGGUGCUGAAGUACGAGAACAACGUGAUGAACAUCCGGCAGUUCAACUGCUCCCCACACCCCUACUGGCUGCCCAACUUCAUGGACGUCUUCACCUGGUCGCUGCCGUUCGUCGGGGAGAAAGUGACGGAGAUGCUGGUGAACGUGCUGAACAUCUGCUCCGACGACGAGCUCAUGUCUGAAGGAGACGACACGUGCGAGGGUGGAGCUCCGGCCGUCAGGAAGGAGGUGAUCAGGAACAAGAUCCGGGCCAUCGGGAAGAUGGCGCGCGUCUUCUCCGUGCUCAGGGAGGAGAACGAGAGCGUGCUGCAGCUGAAGGGGCUGACCCCCACGGGGACGCUGCCCCUGGGGGUGCUGUCCGGAGGACGACAGACCAUCCAGCACGCCACCGUAGAGGCAGAGGAGGCACGAGCAAUCCAGGGCUUCAACCCGCAGCACAAGAUCCAGAGCUUCGAGGAGGCCCGCGGUCUGGACCGGAUCAACGAGAGGAUGCCCCCCCGGCGCGACAGC